AUGGUAUAUCAAGAAAUAAGAAGAGACUUCGAGGAAGCAAUGGCAGAUUUGGAGAAAGUAGACAGCAAGACAGUCGAGUCUGAGGAGUUAAAAAACAACUUGAAGAUUGCAAUGGAGGUCAGAGUUGAUCCGAGAGAGGCAGAAAGCCAGAUCAUCCCACAGAAUAAUUUAGAAGUCCAAGCUAAGAAAAGAUCAUCCAAGAAGAGAAAAUGCGCAAACUGCACCUGUGGAAGAUCAAGGAAUAAAAGCUUAGAGACAAGCAAAGAUUCAAGGGAGGGGUGUGGAGAAUUUGAAGUAAAGCCGCCCAAAAGUGGAUGCGGAAGCUGCUAUCUUGGAGAUGCAUUUAGAUGUGACGGUUGUCCGUAUAAGGGAAUGCCUGCAUUUAAGGAAGGAGAAGAGUUCAAGUUUGAUGAUAAGCUGAAUGAUCUGUAA